CUUAGGAGUUGAUUAUGACGCAUGGAAAAAUAAACAAAACCAGAUAAAUAAAUAAAUAAAUCGUUUUCCUUAUGGAUCUUUUUGAUGACUCAUGACUCUGGCGAUUUUGAUUUUAUCCGAUGAUCCCACAAUCCUCUUUAUUUAUUUGUCACUUUUCUUUUCUAGUAAAGCCCAUUUCCUUUCCAUUUCCCACUCAUCUCUUCUAUAAUUUCUCUCUCAUAAUUCAUUCAUGAUUCAUUCACAAAGAGACGCACAACUCGAACGAAACGUUUUCUUUUUCCUUUUGCAGAGGCCAAAAGAGUCGCAUGAUCUGGGCGUGCCAAGAGAUAUUCAUAUUUGUUCUUUUCUCCCCUGAUUUCGUAUAAUCUCCAAACUGGAAAUUGAUCUGGAUCAAGAGCAAAUUUAUUACCAUGCUUGGAAAUGGGGUUGUGGGGAUUCUUUCCGAGUCCUCAAACAAGUGGGAAAGAAGGGUUCCUCUGACUCCAUCACAUUGUGCUAGAUUACUACACGGAGGUAGGGACAGAACUGGAAUUUCCCGCAUAAUUGUGCAGCCAUCAACCAAACGCAUUCAUCAUGAUGCACUCUAUGAAGAUGUUGGUUGUGAAAUAUCAGAGGAUUUGUCAGAAUGUGGGCUCAUCUUAGGUAUCAAACAACCAAAGUUAGAAAUGAUUCUUCCCGAUAGAGCCUAUGCCUUCUUCUCACAUACCCACAAGGCCCAGAAAGAAAACAUGCCCUUAUUAGAUAAGAUUCUAGCUGAAAGGGUAUCAUUAUAUGACUAUGAGCUUAUAGUUGGGGAUCAUGGAAAAAGGUUACUUGCAUUUGGGAAGUUUGCUGGUAGAGCUGGAAUAAUUGACUUCUUGCAUGGGUUGGGACUGAGGUAUCUUAGUCUUGGAUAUUCAACACCUUUUCUUUCACUGGGAGCAUCUUAUAUGUACUCAUCCUUGGCCGCGGCCAAAGCCGCCGUAAUUUCGGUGGGGGAAGAGAUAGCAACUCAGGGAUUGCCUGCAGGAAUCUGUCCUCUUGUCUUUGUAUUCACUGGCUCAGGAAAUGUCUCCCUUGGUGUACAAGAGAUAUUUAAGCUUCUUCCUCACAGUUUUGUGGAGCCAAGCAGACUUUCGGAGCUAUUCGAAAAGGCCAAGGAUAUUUCUCAACCUGCAAGGACAUCAAAGAGGAUCUUUCAAGUAUAUGGUUGCGUUGUCAGUUCCCGAGAUAUGGUCGAAAACAAGGAUUCAACGAAAGUGUUUGACAAAGUUGAUUAUUACACACAUCCGGAACAUUACAACCCUGUUUUCCAUGAAAAAAUAGCUCCAUAUGCAUCUGUAAUUGUAAAUUGCAUGUAUUGGGAGCAAAGAUUUCCUAGAUUGCUGACUAAUGAACAGCUUCAAGACUUGAUGAAGAAAGGAUGUCCACUUGUUGGACUGUGUGACAUAACUUGUGAUAUAGGCGGCUCAGUAGAAUUUGUCAAUCAAACAACUUCCAUUGACUCGCCCUUUUUCAGAUAUGACCCCUUAAACAACUCUUACCAUCAUGACUUGGAGGGUAGUGGCUUAAUAUGUUCAGCAGUUGACAUACUUCCUACUGAAUUUGCAAAAGAGGCUUCUCAACAUUUUGGAGACAUAUUAUCCGAAUUUGUGGGCCAUUUGGCUUCUAUAGUAGACCUUAAACUGUUACCUGCACACUUGAGGAGAGCUUGCAUAGCCCAUGGAGGAGCCCUUACUCCCUUGUAUGAAUAUAUUCCUCGCAUGAGAAGCUCUUAUUCAGAAGAAAUAUUAGAGAACCCUUCAAGCUUCCAAUCUAACAAGAAGAAAUAUAAUAUACUGGUAUCUUUAAGUGGUCACCUAUUUGAUCAGUUUCUGAUAAAUGAGGCCUUAGAUAUUAUUGAAGCUGCAGGAGGCUCAUUCCACUUAGUAAAAUGUCAAGUGGGUCAGAGUUCAAAAGCUAUGUCAUUAUCAGAACUUGAAGUUGGUUCAGAUGAUAAGGAUGUUCUGGAUCAGAUUAUUGAUUCUCUAACUUCCAUUGCUAAUCCAGAUGUAAGAGGCAGACUCUUAACCAAAGAAACGAAUAAGUUCUCCCUGAUAGUUGGAAAAGUCCAAGAAAACAGCACAAAAACUGAAAACGACAUGAAAAGGAAAGCCGGGGUAUUGAUUCUUGGAGCAGGCCGUGUCUGUCAACCGGCUGCUGAGUUGUUAGCAUCAAUUGGAAGCGCUUCAUCACGCCAGUGGUAUAAACCAUGCCCAAAGGAUGGUUUUGAAGAGCUAAAUGAUGUUCAUGUAAUUGUUGCAUCUCUUUAUUUAAAGGAUGCAGAAGAGAUCAUUGAAGGUAUUCCAAACGCAACUGCAGUUCAGCUUGAUGUGCAGGAUCAUGUUAGUCUUUGUAACUAUAUUUCACAGGUUGAUGUUGUUAUAAGUUUAUUGCCUCCUAGUUGCCACAUCAUCGUAGCAAAUGCAUGCCUUGAGCUUAGAAGGGAUCUUGUAACUGCAAGCUAUGUUGAUCAUUCCAUGUCGACACUAGAUGAAAAGGCCAAGAAUGCUGGUAUUACAAUACUUGGUGAAAUGGGGUUGGACCCUGGGAUAGAUCACAUGAUGGCGAUGAAAAUGAUCAACCAUGCGCACGUCCGAAAGGGGAGAAUAAAGUCUUUCAAUUCUUACUGCGGGGGACUCCCAUCUCCAGCAGCUGCAAACAACCCAUUAGCAUACAAAUUCAGUUGGAAUCCUGCAGGAGCUAUUCGAGCUGGGCGCAAUCCCGCCACGUAUAGAUCUCAGGGAGAAAUUGUGCAUGUCGAUGGGGAAAAUCUUUACGAUUCAGCAGUGAGAUUUCGGAUACCUGAUCUUCCAGCUUUUGCAUUGGAGUGCCUUCCGAAUCGCAAUUCUUUAGUUUAUGGAGACUUGUAUGGGAUAGCAGAUGAAGCAUCCACCAUAUUUCGUGGAACCCUUCGCUAUGAAGGAUUUGGUGAAAUAAUGGGGACACUUGCAAGAAUUGGUCUUUUUAAUACUGAACCUAAUCCAGUUCUUAAGGAUGGAAAGAGACCGACAUUCGGAACGUUCUUGCUUGCGCUUCUCAAGACUGAAGGGGGUGAUUUUAGUGGUCCUCUAAAAGGGGAGGAGAGCAUUGCUGAAAGAAUCAUAAAGCUUGGAUAUUGCAUAGACCAAGGAACUGCACUAAAGGCAGCUAAAACUAUCAUAUUCUUGGGGCUUCGAGAGCAGACGGAAAUUCCUAUCUCCUGUAAAAGCGCAUUUGAUGUUUCCUGUCUCCGGAUGGAGGAAAGAUUAGCCUACACAGGCUCAGAACAGGAUAUGGUGCUUUUGCAUCAUGAAGUGGAGGUAGAUUUCCCGGAUGACCAACAUACAGAGAGACACACUGGAACUUUAUUGGAAUUUGGGAAGACCAAGAAUGGGAGAACCACCACUGCCAUGGCCCUCACUGUUGGAAUCCCUGCAGCCAUUGGAGCGCUGCUUAUCCUUGAAAAGAAGAUAAAGACAAAGGGAGUCUUGAGGCCUCUUGAGCCUGAAGUAUAUGUCCCAGCAUUGGAUAGUUUGCAAGCUUAUGGGUUCAAGUUGAUGGAGAAGAUCGAGUAAUGAAGAAGUUGAGUGAUCCAAAUUUAUUUAUGUAUAGUUGUAUAUUUAAAGUUGUGAAUAUCAUACUGGGAACAGGAUGAGACCCUUUUAUUGUCAUCUGUACUGUAAAUGUUUCACGUUAAACAAUAAACAUCCACGAAAAUGAGAGAAAGGAAGGAAAUUGCCAACCACAUUUCA